CUCUCAGCCCCAGUGUCAACAAGCAAUUAUCAAGAACAUCGAAGCCCCAUUCGUCAGAGCCAAGCAUCCAAAUCAUUUUCUCCACAUCAGAUUCAGAUGGAUUGAUAGUUUGAUACUCUCAACUAUUCUUGUUUCCUUCUUGACCCAAUGGCCGCCAUCGACUUACGCUUCCAUCUCCAUCCUGCCGCCUUCUCCUCUGUCCACCCGUCCAAUCCAAGCACCAAACCGCACCGCCAUUGCCCACCUCAGAGGAUCCAUGCUGCAGGAAGAAGGUGCCUUCUCACGGCGAAGUCCUCAAAUGGGCACCCGCAGAUCGGGGCCUCCUUCAACGAUGGGGUGCUAGAUGCUAAGCCGUCUGGAGCUGGAGGCCCGGCGACGGAGCAGGGAGGGAACACCGUCAGCAUCACAGUCGUCGGAGCCUCCGGUGAUCUUGCCAAGAAGAAGAUCUUCCCGGCGCUCUUCGCCUUGUUCUACGAGGACUGGCUCCCCGAGCAUUUUACAGUCUUUGGUUAUGCUCGUAGCAAAAUGAGCGAUGAAGAGCUCAGGAACAUGAUUAGCAUGACCCUAACCUGUCGGAUUGAUCAGAGGGCGAACUGCAGUGAAAAGAUGGAUAAAUUUCUGAAGAGAUGCUUCUAUCAGUCCGGACAGUACAACUCAGAGGAAGGAUUUCGCGAAUUAGACAGAAAGCUUACAGAAAAAGAGGCUGGGAAGCUACCAAACAGGUUGUUCUACUUGUCUAUUCCACCAAAUAUAUUCGUGGACGUGGUAAGAUCUGCCAGCCGCACCGCUUCACUGCCGGGUGGGAGUGGCUGGACGAGGUUUAUAGUGGAGAAGCCAUUCGGCCGCGAUUCUGAGUCCUCGGGGGAGCUUACCAGAUCCCUGAAAAUGUAUUUAGAGGAGGAACAAAUCUUCAGGAUUGACCAUUAUCUGGGCAAGGAGCUGGUCGAAAACCUGUCGGUCCUCCGUUUCUCCAACCUUGUGUUCCAGCCAUUGUGGUCGAGGGACUACAUUCGGAAUGUGCAGCUCAUAUUCUCCGAAGACUUCGGCACUGAGGGUCGAGGCGGCUACUUCGACAACUACGGGAUCAUCCGCGACAUCAUGCAGAACCACUUGCUGCAGAUACUGGCCCUGUUCGCCAUGGAGACUCCGGUCAGCCUCGCCGCCGAGGACAUCCGCAACGAGAAGGUGAAAGUGUUGCGAUCGAUGAGGCAGCUGAAGCUGGAGGACGUGGUGGUGGGGCAGUACAAGGGCCACACGCGCGGCGGCAAGUCGUUCCCGGCCUACGUGGACGACCCGAUGGUGCCCAACGACAGCGUGACCCCGACCUUCGCGGCGGCGGCGCUCUUCAUCGACAACGCGCGGUGGGACGGGGUGCCGUUCCUGAUGAAGGCCGGCAAGGCGCUGCACACCCGGCGCGCGGAGAUCAGGGUGCAGUUCCGGCGCGUGCCCGGGAACCUCUACCGCGGGAACGUGGGGACGGACCUGGACAUGGCCACCAACGAGCUGGUGCUCCGGGUGCAGCCCGACGAGGCCAUCUACCUCAAGAUCAACAACAAGGUGCCCGGGCUCGGGAUGAGGCUCGACAGCAGCAACCUCAACCUCUUCUACUCCGAGAGGUACCAGCGGGAGAUACCGGACGCGUACGAGCGGCUCCUCCUGGACGCCAUGGAGGGGGAGCGCCGGCUCUUCAUCCGGAGCGACGAGCUCGACGCGGCCUGGGCCAUCUUCACGCCCGUGCUCAGGGAGCUCGAGGACAAGAGGGUGGCGCCCGAGCUCUACCCGUACGGCAGCCGGGGUCCUGUCGGCGCGCACUACCUCGCCGCCAACUACAACGUCAGGUGGGGGGACAUCAGCAGCGACGGAUCCUUGUAGCAAGCUCUGCCCAUUGGCUACGGCCUAUGCACUCUACUCAGGCUCAAUCAAGCUGUGACGAACAAUUUUUUUUGAGAGUAGGCGACGUAUCAUAAUUUUACAGAAAAGAAAGAACAUAUAAAAGAGCUUUCUAGUGAUGCGGGCAUCACAGCAAGCAAUACAACUCAACGUCCACAUUCAAAGAAACUAGGCCUACUUUCUCACAAAAAGACUGAGAACAUCAA